AAUAUAAAUACUACUUGUUUUACCCUUAGUUAAUAACUACUAUUUUCACUUUAUGAAUAGUAAUUGAGAUCCUUUUUGUUUUAGUAAUAUUUAUUUAAUUUCGUUUGCAUCGUAGCUUUUACCGAAAUAUUCACUGUUAAAGUUUAUUAAAUUGGCUAAAUAGUGUGAAAAGAUCUUUUAAUUAAUAAAAUAACUGUUUUACAAGUCGCCGGACUUUAAAAAGUUAACCACGACGUGGUCGCCAGUAAGAUGUAGGUAGUGAAAUGAAAAAUCGAUAGUGCUCCGCAAUCUGUUGCUAGGUUUUUUCACCUAUUGCAGUAAACAUUCGUUUGAAUGUAGAAUGAUAGCGUAAUAUUAUGGAGGACAUUUUAUCUCAACGAAUGACGCCUAUAUUAAAAUGUAUUGUACUAUUUCUUUUUAUAUUUACCGCAAAAGUGCUUACUACGCGGCCUCAAGAAUCCCAAGACACUAGAAACAGUAUUCACCAAUUAAAACCAUCUCAUUAUGUUCGAACAUUCACAAAAUACCAUCACAGAAGAACUAUACAAUGGAAUAAUAAUAAUGACUUAAAUUACUGGCCAACACAGGACCAUUCUAAAACUGUUGGAAAGAGAAGUUUAGACAUUCCAAAUUCAAGUGAUUUCAUUAGUCACUACUGGCCACAAAAAAAAAUAUUCAUUGAUGAAACUUCAAAGAUAGGUCCUUGGCCAUUUGAACACCAAGAAAAAAAUAUAAGAAAAAGAAGUGUGGAUAUUCCAAAUUCAAAUAUUGUAAGUGAUUCAGAGAUAGAAUGGCCAGAUUCAGUAGUAAGAAAAAGGAGUACGGAAUUGAAAUCUAAUGAGUUUAUAAGUGAUUCUGCUGCUGUAAUAAAUUCAAAUAAAUUCCCUUCUAAUACACUGGAACUUGUUGGGUCUUUUGAUAAAACUGCUAUUGGAACUAGUAAAGAUGAACAUAGUAAAAGGAAUGUUUUACCAAAUGAAGUGAAAAGGACAAAAGUGAAAGCGGCCAUUGUGAUUCCUGACCCUCCAGUGACCAUAGGCCCAUCUAUAUCUUGUUUGUUCAAAAUCCGCAGUAUUUCUAAAAGUGUCACUCCAUCUUACAUUGAUGAAAGAAAUGCUCAGCCCAUGGUUGAAAAUGAUAGUUAUAUGAACGGACCAAUAUCAGAAACUACACUACCUAAUGGGGACACAGUACAAGUGGAGCAGUGUAUGCAUCCACGACCAUCAUGCUACACUCUGUGGUACAGGGGCCAAGAAGGGAACAUCACUAUACUAGGCCAGGGCUGCUGGCACUCCUCACAGAUGCAAGGCAAGAACUCGUGUGACAAGUGUACAGCUGUCACCGGUCUCAUGCCCGGCUCCAAGUUCUGCUGUUGCACCAGGAGCUUCUGUAAUGCCGAUUUCUUAUCACUAAAAGAAGAAACUGUAACAAUGAAAGCUGAGUCGACGAUGGAUACAGCACAACAUCCGAACUAUUCCAAUGUGGCUGCCUCCGGAAUAUUAGGACUCGGUGCUAUACUUGUAAUAGGAGUGGUCAUCAACAAGUGCUGUAGAAGGGUACAACUUGAGAAACACGAGAUGAGUGAGGGAACGGAUGUAGAGAAAGGAGAUGUGAUGGGUACCGGUCCGGACGCUUUAGCAACGGGAUUGCUUUGUGUGGACAACCUGACACUCGUUGAACAUAUUGGACAAGGAAAAUUCGGCUCUGUGUGGCGAGGCACCCUCGGUUCCUCACCUGUGGCCGUGAAACUGUACUCUAAUGCCAAUGCCUGGCAGAAAGAGGCGGCUAUAUACGCAUUACCUCAUCUCGCUCACUCUAACAUACUUCGGUACUACGGCAGCGAGAGCCGCAGCACGCGGUCGCGGCUCGUGGUGCUGGAGCUGUGCGCGGGCUCGCUGCGCGGCCGCCUGCAGCGCGCGCCGCUCUCGUGGCCGGAGCUGGCCACGCUCGCGCACGGGCUCGCCGCCGCGCUCGCGCACCUGCACACGCCCACUUCAACGAAACCUUGCAUUGUUCAUCGUGACGUGAACAGCAAUAACGUCCUGGUCUCCUUUGAUGGUCAAGCACGACUGGCAGACCUGGGGCUGGCUCAAGUAUUACAUCCAAGAAGAGAUCGUGCGACCCCUAGUCGAAUAACCGAGGCGGGCACGCUGCGCUACCUGUCCCCGGAGGCGCUGGAGGGCGCGCUGGACCUGUGCGGCGCGCGAGCCGCACUGUGCGCGGUGGACGUGUUCGCGCUCGCGCUCGUGCUGUGGGAGAUGGUGUGGCGCUGCUCGGGCGCGCACCGCGGGCCUCCGCCGCCCUACCGCGCGCCCUACGACACGCUCGGCCUGCCCCCCGCGCCCACCCUGCACCAGCUGCAGAGCCUAGUUUCCCGUAACAAGGCACGUCCACCACUACCGCGCGGACCGGUACCCGAAGCUCGAGCUCUGAAGAUCGCCACCGACACUUGUGAUGAGUGCUGGGAUCAUGACGCGGAGGCCAGAUUGACAGCAGUAUGCGUAGAAGAACGUAUGGCUGAAUUGAAGCAGAUGUUACAAGCGCAAGGACCCGUCGUGCACGAUAACAAUUUGCAUCCACAACCCGAUGCAGCCAACCCACAUUCGGAGCCAGAUAAGAACUCCAACUGCACAACGAGCCAACCGCAGACCUGUGACGUCACUACACCCCUCCUAUACCCCCAGCCACACAUUGGUAGAAACGCAUGUAUCGAACGCAACACGCAUACAAACACACAGACACACACUGUCGAACUUAUACACAAAAGCCUUAAAGAUAUUACAGCACCUGUAGAUGGCGCUAGAGUACAGAACGUAGAAGAGAAUUGUUUAUCUGUGGCCAGAACGACUCCAAGACAACAAAUGCAAGAAAACUCUGAACGAAUGAACGAAAUCAGGUCCUACCAACGACCUUUAGAUUACGUGCAGAAUGACGUCACAUCACACGACGAUAGGGGUCCGAAGCAAACAAAUCUAUUACAAGAUGUGAAAGUGGAGAAACCCAAGUGGGGGAUCAGGAGGUUCUUUGAGCGCCUCAACAAGAACCCCAAGCUAGAAACGGAAGUAAAAUUAGUACCGGAAACGUGUAACGUACAGAACAGUAGGAUAAGGACCUCUCUAAUAGAAAAGCCGAGUAACAUAACCUUUGAUAGACCUUCCAAUUUGACACUGAGUCAAGACAAUUAUAAUUUCGAAGGACCAUGUACACUAUCACCGCCUAAUAGAACUUUAUCACCUACAAUGAUGUUGGAAUCUGAAUUGAACAGAGAAAACAAAGUAUUCGGUUUCAAAGAGAUACCACUUGAAAAUGAGAAUAGACAACCAAACCAGAUCUUUGCGGUAAUAGUACCAAAAUCUAAACCAUCUGAAUUUGUGGAGAUAAGAAACAAGAAUUCCAAAGGCAGUUCCGAGAGUAUCAACAAGUUUAGAUCCUCAACGUCAUCCCAAUCAAUAUUCAAAUCAGCAAAUUCAGAAUCCGAAGACUCUACAGUAAAGAAACGACUGAGUUGCGACAAUAAAAUCAUAACAAACUCCAACAGCGGUGGUUCAUCUAGAGCAAGCAUCAAUUUGGAACUACAAUAUAUAAAUACUCAGCCAAAUUAUAAUAACAGCCCAUUUGAUAUUAAUUCGGACUGUUCGAGUAGUGAAGACGAGCAUUUGUUGCUACUAUCAGAGAAUGGAGGCUCCAAAAUCACGAUGCAGACCGUAUCAAAACUAGAACCCGAUAUCAAGAAAUACCAAAACGAAGUAUUGAAAGAGUCAAGUCAAGUAAAAGAUUUCGGUUUCAAUAAAUAUCAGACGAAGUAUACAAAUUUUGAUAAUGAAUUCAGUGACCCACAAGAUAAGGAGAAUUUAGUGAAUGCAUACAGUGGUGAUAAUCCUGUUUAUUUAGCAGCUCUCAACGGCGAAAUCGAUACGACAGAUUUGAAGUAUUUGAAUCCGGAAAACGUUGAGAGGAGUCCGAAAUCUCCGAAGCCAGCUUUAAAGACAUUGUCAAUAAAGCGGCAACAUUCUCUAGAGCAAGUCAGCGAAAUAUUUUCCUCGUCUUGUGACGUGACUUUACAGAAUCCAGCAGGUAGGGUGAAGACACCGGGUGAUCUGCCAGCAGCGGUAAGGAAGGCUAGAAGAGACCGAGCGCUGCAGAAAGGUAGAGCCAGCGAAUGUAACAGGUUAAGUUUGUAUGACGAUAGAAUGAUGUUUGGGAAUAGUUUGUAAAUUACAUGUAUAGUAGUUUCAUAUGUAAAUGCAUGGAGAAGCUAACACGCAAUCAAAAAUCGAACUACUGUAUAAACAGUUAGAUACUAAAUUGCAAAAACAUUAUACAUGUUAUGGUAUAUUUACGUUUGCGUAUAGUUUUUAGUAGGGAUGGCGAAUCAAUGGCAUGACAUUUAGGGCGCUCCACCGAUCAAAGCGCUUUGUAUUUUAAUACAAAAUAACAUAGAUAUUUCUUACGUAUCAAAAUACAGCGCCAUCUAUUAUUUGAUAAAUUAAAUUGUAGGUGGCAUAUAGAGAAUAUUCAUAAUUUUUGGCCGUGGUUUUCCGAACUUUCUUUAGCUUAUAUGUUAAUGCUUAUGUAAUAAUUCUAUAUCCUAAAAGGUUAUAGUAAUUUCUCGAGCUAUUUUUACUUCGAGUAUUAACAAUUAAGCACACAUAUUUUACGCUUUUAUUAUAUGUAAAGAUUAUUAUUUUCCAGGUAAUCGUUAAAAGACAAGAUAAUUAAUUUUUACGUAUAGCCUUAUUAAAUAAAUAAAUAGUAUACAUAAAUGUCCGCCAUCCCUCAUUUAUGGUAUUGUCUAUGACCAUCUUACAGUUAAUGGUAAAUCCAUACAUCAAAAUGUGAUAAUUGAGUUUAGUUGCCAUUUUAAUCCAGUUUCAUUGCUUUUGUUAAUGUUUUUAAUUAGUAUUUUAACUUUUAAUUUAGAAUUGAUAUUAAAAGAAAAAAAAAUGUCUAUGGAAAGGAUAACAUGUUUAAUUUCGAAUAGUAAUUAGAUGUUUAGGUGCUGUACAAAAAAAUAGUUUUAUGUAGUAAUGUUCAUAUAUAUGUUGGAAUUUAUAAUGUGUCACACAGUUUAUUUAAAAGUAUAUUAUAUUUCAUAUAUGUUAUUAGAGCGUUGUGGCCUGGUUGUUUAUUGUUUUGACUUUUAGAGAUCAUGAGUUCAAAUCUAGCCAGACACUAAAAAUAUCUAAUAAUAUUUCUGACUAUCCGGUGAUAGAAACACCGAUAUAAAACCAAAUUAUUUCAAAAUACGGCGGUAAAUUAUUUUUUAUACUACAAUGGUAGUAAUACCAAAACAAGCAUAUGGUCAACUCUUACAAUAACUUGACGGGCACAACUGUGGGUAAGUCAGGUGUUGCAAUUAAUACUUUUUAGCGUCCUACGUGAUCGUUCUCUUAAAGGAUCAUCCAUAAAUUGCGUCACAAGAAUUUAAUACCUUUUUCAAUUAU